AAACCAAGCCAAGAACACCAGUUGUUGUCCUCCAGUUUUUAGACUUUGGGUCUGUGGCAGAACAGAGGCGCAGAUGCACCAGCCUGCAACUAUUCCAUUAUAUAAACAGCUGGAUCAAGGCAUACAGUCUAUCUACAUGUGGGGAUAAGCUGCAAGGCCAAGAGCAGGCAGUUUCCUUGUCAGUACCAGAAAUGGUACAAAUGACUGUGCAAAGCUACAGGAGGUCCCUGCAAGAGUUUUCAGGAAGUCCGGUUAUGUCAAGAUGCAAGAGGCUCAGCUCUUCCCACUUGCUCACUAGUGCUCCCCAGAGCAUUACUGAAUGGCUGGCACUCUGGGAAAAGGAUCCGGUGGACAUUCUGCUUGAUUUGGGGUUUGGUACAGAAGAACCUGAUGUCUGCACUAAAAUCCCUCCUCGGUUCCUCAGUGGUGCUUCUGUAGCAAAAGGAAUCAACAUCCGAGUCUUUUUGGAAGCUCAGAAGCAGCGGAUGGACAUUGGGACGCCACACCUAUAUGAACGUUUUCGACAGCUGGAAGUACUUGACCACGUAAGCAGUGCCCUCUCAUCUUUGCUGACCGACGUCAACACCCAACAGACCAAAGCACAGAAUGCCGGUGGGGAUGAGACUGCUCUCCUGGAUGCUACAAAGAGCAGACCUGUGGUCACACGAGCGAAGCGGAGCAGAAUAGGUCAGCUCCUGAAAAGAGCUUCUUGGCAGACAACGCUGCUGAAACAGGGCUCACUGGCACCUGGGGAAGCCAACUUGCCCAGCAGGAAAGAGCAACCCUGUUCUUGUGCAGAUAUUGCUGAGAGGGCAACAGUCCGGGCGGGCUUUUCUGCACAUGUUACAUUGGGCUGUCUGACCCAGGAGCAAACCCCCAGAGACGAAGGUGCCUCAGCAUAUCCCACAUCCCAGUGUCCACCGACUCCAUGGAAAGCCUGGGCUUCAUCGCACCUAGCUGAAGAACAGCCCCACCUUCCUCCUGCAUGUGAGGUGCCUGCCAAAUACAGGCCAAGAAAGGAGCCACCUUUGCUUGUGGCCCACAUGCUCAGAAAAGUGGCCGACCUAAACUGCAAGCUACCAGACUCAUUUGAAAUGGAAGAAAUUCAGAGUUUUGAGGAUGAAACUCUAUGUGGAAAUACUCCUGACACCACUUCAGCAGAGGUGAUGGUGACAAGAACAAGCAGCUGCCAGUCAGACAGCAGUGGGUUCAUGGAGGACCUGCCAGAACCUGUAGUCUUGCAAAAUGCACCUUUGUCUGGAAAGAUUAAUUUUAUUUCUGAUAUCCACAAUCAAGAAACAGCUCUGUCACAUAGGGAAGUUUUUCCUAUGUUAAGUCAAGAUUUUCAACAAAAGCCAGAUGAUUGUGUUGCUAAUGUCUUCAUCACAGCUUGCAAGAGCAUUUUGACAGUACCUAAAUCAACAAAAGCAGGUAGUGACCAGGGAGAAGAGACUCAUCUGCUGCUGACUGCAGAAAAUGGCAAGUAUCAGGCAUGUAAUGCUGAGCCACAGAGUUUUGUCCAAGAAGUGUUACAUGACAUGGACAAGAAAGAGGAUAAAAUUGAAAGAAAGCAACUGGAAAAAGAGAGGUGCAUAAAAAAGCAUAAUCCUUGUUUUCAGGGUGAUACUCAGGAUGAAAGUGAUCCUAGCUCCUCCAGAUUUGUUUGUCAUUUAUAUUUUAGUACAGGACACAAAAAGAUGAGUGAAACCUUCACUGAACUGAGUGAUAUAAACCCUGCAGUCAUCAGUAAGAGCAAAAUCAGAGGUGAAGAUGAAGGUGAGAGGUGCUGGACUGAAAAAGACAUUGUAGUUGCAUGUCGUGAAAGUGCCUGUGGAGGUGGUACAGGAAAUGUUAAAGGACUGUGGUGGGGCGCGGAAGUGGUCAGCAAAGAUGGUACCCUGCUUGCAGUGAAUGAGGUGACAAAUGGGCAGAAGUUCUGCAAAAUGGAUGGUGAUUCGAAAAAUACAAGAUGCUCCCCCAAAAUGGGGCUCCCAGAAACUCCGCAGUGGGGCUCAGCAGCGCAAAGUGGGAGCAGUGCAGCUUCAAGCUGUUCUCUGCAAGUAUCUCGGAGGCAUCCCUCCUGCCUAGUGGAGGGGCCUGGAUUAAGUUCAUCUGAAGAUCAGGAGACUGGUAGCAUAGAGGAGAUGUUAGGUGCUAACAAAUCAGAACAGGGAGAUGCUGUCCAAAACAGUGAAAUGGCUUCUGCUCCUCUGAAAUCUGUUACUGUUCAGAUGUCUUCAGGGCUGGAGUUUACUUCAAGAGCGAAGGGCACAGGGCAAAAUGCUCCUCUCAGUGAAAGCCUUGCUAGACCUGUGGACUUCUCUGAUGUGUUAGUGCAUUGUUCUGAGCGUAGUCCUGUCAUAUGGUCAGACCCAGGGGCUUCAAACAAUGGUGUGAAGCAGACCACUGAAGCUUCCAGCCAAACUGACAUUCCCGCCAGGAAACCCAGGUGGCCACCACUGCUUUGUCCACCCCAUACUCACCUGACAAAAUCAGACUCUCUUGACAGCAUGCUUUGUGGCAAAUACAGCUCACGCUACUGGGGUGAAGCCUCUGGUGCCGGGGGUGCGCAGGGCAGUCGCUGCUGCCACUGCUGCUGCUGCCCUUGGACCUUCCCCGUGGCUGUCUCUCCCCAACGCCCUGUGGGCUGCUGCUCAAACCGUGUCACCACUGAGCUGCAGCCCUUGAAAACGCUGAUGCUCCUACAGGACACUGCAAUGCGUAAUCUUGCUCCGUGUACCCUCCAUGAAACAGAAGCAAUGAAGAGCUCCUGCCAGCACUUCCAGGAGAAGUUGGAUGAGAUUGAACAGCAACUGACCAAAGAGCAGGCGCUGUUUUCCGGGGCUAUGCUAGAUGAAGGAAGGGAGGAAGGCAGACACCUGCAACUCUUAAGGCGAGCUGUUCAUCAGGAGGUUGCAGAGCUGGAAUUUCGGCUGAACAAUCGAGCUUGCCAGGUCAGGGAGAGCAUCCUUAUGCAGCUGGACCAAUUACUAGCAGAACAAUCCCAUCUGUUUUCUAAGCUCGGACUCUCUGAUUGGAAGAGAGAAAGAAAAGCCCAGAAUAAACAAGCAUUUCCAGAUGCUGCUGACACUGCACAUCCUCGAAGUGGGUGCUCAGAAAUGGUGCUCCAAAGAGCUCCUAGCAAAAACACGACAGCAACAGGCUCGCUUUCUGCCCUGCAGCCAGGGGGACCACCAACACAGUUUCCUACCAGGACAACACCUGAGCUGAAUUCAGCCGAGUCUGCCCCACAGGAGCUCUCUACCAGUAAAAAGGAAAUAAAAGGACCUCCCCAAGUGAAAAUUAACUUUAAGGCAUUUAUACACAAUGUAAGGAGGUGUUUCAGUCUCACCCUCAAGGUUUUAAGUGGAAGGGAUCGCUGACCUGCAAUGCAGUUUUACUGUUCUGUGUCUCAUUGCCACAGCCUAGAUCAGGACCCUUUCCUGCUAAGCCAUGCAUUCAUCCAGAGGGAUGGAGCCCAUGUUUCAGGGCACUUCCAGUCUGCAUAGGCAACACAGGCAGAACUGGGACUGGACCUUCCUUGAUAUUUCUCAGUAAGCUGUGGCAAUGAUCUAGAUGCUCCAGACAGAAGAACAUAUAAAUACGUGGAGGGUAUUUGGCUUGCUUGAACUUUGAAUGCAACUGUUUGACUACUUAGUAUAUCCAACCCUCUCCCACCGUGUGAAAUUAGUAAUUUAUGGCUUCAAUUUGCAGAUACAAUUAUCCAGCUUUACAAGGGCAGUAAAGGCAGUGAACUGGAAGGUUUGCUGUUUUUCUGAAGAAAUUCAAAGUCAGCAUUUCUGACUGAUCUAUUCUCACAAUGUAACCAUAAAAAAAAAGUUUGCCUGCCUCUUUUAAUCCAAAAUAUGCCUAGAAAAUCUCUUAGAUAGCUGCCUUAUCAUUUAAUGAUCUCUUCCACUUAAGCACGUCCCAAUUUUUAAAAGAUUGAUUUAAAACAUUGAUCAUUCUCUUAAAUGAACAAUUAAGGUUAAAUUCUGCAUAAACUUCAUGUAAACACCAUGGGAGGGAAUGUUCUUUGUUGUAGUCUUAUACUACUUUCUUGAUUUAUGUUGAUAUUACACUGAUAUUUCAGGACAUGGUUUAGUGGGCAUAGUUGACGGUCGGACUCGAUCUUAAAGGUCUUUUCCAACCUAAACAAUUCUGUGAUUCUAUGAUAUUAUCAAGCAGAAUCAGGUUCUUAGCACAGAAUUCAAAGAAUGAGAACCAUAGGCAGUGAGGAACAAAGAACUGAAAUAUCUGAGAUCACAAUUUGUCAUCUUUUGCACCCAUUUCCUUUUAAGACUAGUCUUGGUCAUUCUCUCAAUGUACAAAGAAAAUAACACUUUUUUUCCUUUUUUUUUUUCCAGUUGAAGAAAUCUUUCCAAAAUUCUUUAGGUAAUGAUUCAGCAGAAGGAAAAGACUGACAGAGGACAGACUUACGGAUUUUGUUUUUAAUAAUUGUGGCCUUUUUCCUGAAAUGCAUGGUAUAUCACAGAAACAAAUUAAGAAAACAUUGCAUUAUAGCAAGUUCUGAUCCCAGGAGUUUGAUUUGCAAUAAGAUGACUGGCCAGAAAAGCAGGCAUUUUUAAAGGAUGUUUAGAAGAGAGGCACUAUGUAUUUUGCUGUUCUGUGAUUGCGGAACCUACUACACUCCUCUUAACAAUCACAUGGGAUAGGGCUGUUCUUUGCAAAGUCAUUUAAAAGGAAGAGGAGAGGGCUUAUUUUUGAGAAUAACUUGCAGACAGCCCAGGAGAUACCACUAGAAGGUAUUCUCCUUAUAGCCAGUUAUUUUAACACAGUCCUUCAACCAAUAUUAAUCCUCAAGCCCAAACUACCUUGUAUAGUCCUAGCCACAUUCUAGAUUUUAACUUGCUACUAACUUGCCUCUGACUAAUUUUGUGAGGCUUCUAUCUACUGUCAGUAUCAAAUCAGAGGCUCACUGAUGGUGCAUAAAAUGUUAAAUGCCUGCUCUGUUAAACUAUUACUGUGGAUAGUCUCCUGGCUGUCCUCUUUCCUUUUCAUAUUUGUUUCAUAUAAAUCCAAUUAAAACCAAAAUGAGAUGAGAAACACAGGAUUUUCUACAUUAUAAGCCUUGAAUCAGAAUCCUGGUUCAGUUUUCUGGGGAUUGUGUAGAGCCUGGAUUAAUGCAGAAAAAGCCAUAAGAAAAGACCUCUCAGGUUUGGAUCACAGCAAAGAAAUUCAACUGGUUCAUUUUCAAAGCAGUGCAGUCUGUACUACUGCUUUCAAUUUAGCACUUCCCAGAAUGUGAGAUGUCCUACUGGCUUGUUUGUUUAAUGCUCUGGAGGGAUCUUAGGUGUCAUUUAGGCUUUGGUGUUGCAAAUCACAGCUCUGCAAAGGUGCAAAUAGAAGUAGCAUUUGCACAUGUUUAAGGAGAAAAUGGAGUCAAACAUGCUGAGCAGCCUCGAGGCUCCCUGCACCUCUACAUUUCCACAGAUGUUCAGGGUAAUAAAAUGAUUGGGGGGAGAGAGGUACAUAACAUAGGAACUGACAGGAAUCCUCCACAGCCUGCUGGGCCAUGAAUUUUACUGGUUGAAAUUUGCCCCUUUCUUGAGACCCCGCAUGGGAUUUGUACACCACUUUCACACUAUCAAUUGUUUAAAAGUUUAUACUGAGAGUUUAUAGUUAUCAAGAUUUAUGAUUGUGACAGUAUCUUCAGGCAGCAUGCAAACAGGACCAAAACAUCCUUCACCUAAGUUUUGGUGGAACAAGCAAUAAAUUUGACUUAGUAUUUUCUCUCUCCACUGGCUUAUGAACUGCAUUUGCAGAUGUUGUACCUCAGUUUGUGGAGGAAGGCAAAUAAAGAACAUGGUGAAGGACAUACAAUGAUGCCAGUGCUGAAGGUCUCCUGGAAGAGAGGAUGGCUAAGAAGCUUCCUUGCCUCAGCCACACCAGGCCUGCGAUUCCUCCCAUGAAACAAGAUGUUUUUUGCAAGUGUCACUGCAGCAUGAUGCAUAAAAGCUCUGUAGGUAUGUGAUGCUGCAACCACUGUCUGCCUGUCUUAUAUCCAUGUGUACAGAAGAUGGUAUUGGCAGGUGGCAGCUGUUCUUGAUUAGAAAGAUCAUGCAGGACCUCUGGUGCCAUUUGAACUCUACCAUUUGUAUUCUCAACCAGGACUGAAUUUGACUCCUGCUAACAAAACUUUCCUGUUUGAAUGGUCUCUAGAUUGAUAUGUGCAGUCUAGUUCCUCGUUUCAACUUAAUACAAAAUCAUUUCAUGCAAACAAUGGACAGGAUAGGGUUGCCCCAUAUCCAACACUUAGACACCUACAAAUAUUGUUACCAUGAACUUGUUUGCAUUUAUAGCUAGAUAACCUUUUAAGUCCUCAACCUUGUUUUAACAGUUAAGCAGUAACCUUGUAGCAAUAAAAAACAUA